CUGUUCAAAGCGGACUUUCAUAUGUCGGGUGGCAAGAUUGCCAUUCCUUCGGUGGAGUCACGAGUGUUCUCGUAGCUUUCACGGGGGUUAUUAACGCCCUAAUUAGUGCACAACCCUAACAAUUGUAGUCCGGGGCAUCGUUUGUUGAGCGCCCAUUCCGGGUGGGCUCAUCGCUUCGCCGACGCGGCUUUCAACGAUUGGCAGGCGCACAUAUACGUGAGCAACUACCUUUGUCAUGGAGUGUUUGAAGCGAGGACAAACUGGGGUUGCACCACGGCAGAGGCGCCAAGCGGCCCCUGCGUGGCGAGUGGCUGAGGCGCACCGGCAACCCAGCGCGAGAGGCGCUGGUGCGUCCCGGCCUCAAGCGUGUGCCUCCCCUCCCUCCCCGCCAUCACCAUCACCAUCGCCAUUACCAGUCGCACCACCAGCAGCAGCAGCCACCACAAGCGCCCCGCUUGCGUCUCGUCGCGACCUCCUGCUGAGCCUGCUGGCACCUGCAGCAGCGGGCGUGCUGGUCGGCGGGGUGGCGUUUGGCGCCGCGCCACGGCCGGCGCUGGCAGCCGUGGGCGCGGUCGACCUGUCGACACUGCAGGAGGAGGCGUACCUGGCCUAUGCGGAGCGGCGGUUUCAGGACGCGGUUAACCUGCUGACGCAGUGCAUCGCCGCCCAGCCUGAGGAGCCCAGGUGGCGCGAGAUGCGCGGGCAGGCCCUGGUGGAUGGAAAGAACUUUUCUGCUGCCAUCUCUGACUUUGACACAGCGCUGGACUUCACGCCGGGUGCGGACCUGGUGGUGCGGGCGCGGCUGCUGUCGGGCCGGGCGCUGGCGCGGGAGGGGCUGGGGGAGUGGGCGGCCGCGCUGGACGACUACCAGUCAGCCAUGGAGUUCGCGGGGGCGGCGGGGGAGUCGGUUGACCCGUACAUACUCAACAGCAUCGGCAACUGCCUCAACUCCCUCGGCCGUUGGUCAGACGCUCGUGAGGCCUACCUGGCCAGCAGUGAGGUGUUUCAGGGGGCGCGCGGCUUCAGGGCGCGCAACGGAGCCACCACGCCGCGGCUGGACGGCGCCAUCUUCGCGGCUUCCAACGCGGCGCUCAUGCGGGCUCAGAUGGGCGACGAGGAGGGGGCGCUCGCCGAGAUGGUGCGCAUCUCGCGGCGUGCGCCCGGCAGUGCGGACAUGCGCGCGGCCUCGGCGGCGCUGUUCUGGGCGGCGGGCCGGAGGCAGGAGGCGGAGGAGGCGUGGGAGUACGCAUGCGACCGCAUCACGGUGGGCUGUGUCAAGUACACGGACAUGGACUGGCUGGGCCGCAUCCGCCGCUGGCCGCCCGCCAUGGUGGGCCGCAUGCAGGAGUUCCUGCAGCUCAAGGGCCUCAAGCCGUAGUUAUUCCUCCAGGUGCAUACCGCGCAGCAGCCCAAGGGCCGCAAGUGGUUUGGUGGCUGCGAUUCUCUUUUACCGCCCACUCAGCGACUCCCAGCAGCCCUCCUCCGCCGGACUCAGAAGAGCCCGUCGCAUCUCGGGGCUUGUCAUGUUAGCGAAGGAGCCGAAAUUGGGUUCUGUUGCGCAUUGUUUGUUUGUGCAUUUUCCAGGGCGGAGGUACAAGGUAGAAGCGAUUGCUGGUGAUUACUCGUGUUAGCAAUCAAUGCUGUUGGUGCUGAUGGUGCAGAAGCCCGAAUGAACACACCGUGCUCUUAACACGCGCUCGGCGAGGGAAACUAGGGCAGGCAGGGGCCGCGUGCUUGGUGCUUGCUUGGUGACUACGGUUCCGUGUAUGAUGCGUGAGCAGGGGUUUGCGGGAACACUGCGGGAACCUCCUUCGCUGCAGUCAGUGCGCUCGGUUCACCGCCCACCGCCGCCCUUGGCGCCCACGCAGCGCAUCCCCAGGCGUGGCCCGGGCGUGGGAGGUGGCUGGAGGGGUGCUGCCCCGCUUCAUAUCAUAGCCAGAGAUGGGCAGGCCACGCGGGGGUGCGCCAGAGGGCGGGGCGGAUAAGGCGUGAGCGGAAGCAUGCAGGCUUCGUGAGGGGGGCCUUGAGGGCGUGUGACUGCGACGGUGGGGAAUGGGCCGCUGGCAUGCCUUGGAGCCUGGGCGCUGUACCUGCCCGGCUUGCGCAGGCAAGCCAUGGUAGCUGGCAUGCUAUAACGGCUGUCGGGACUCCAGAACU